AUGCACGAGAUGGGAGGAGGAGGAGGCGGAGGGAGCGACGAUAAAGCCGCCGCCGCCGCCGCCGCCGAGAAAGCGCUCGAGAAUUCGAAAGAGGAGACGAAGCGAGCGAUCGAGGAGGGAAACAAGGUGCGGGCGGCGCUCGCCAGCGCGGCCGCCGCGACGCACCGAGCGACGCGCGAGUGCGAGACUCUGAAGAAGGAGGUGCAGAGCGUCAAGGAGGACGCGGCGAAGGAAGUGGGGAAGUACCGGUCAGGCGCGUUCUAUCUCACGCCGGUCCCCACUGCAUGCGACCCCGUUCGCUUGGUGAACGCCGUUCCUUGA